CUUUUCCAUUUUGUGGGGGGGGGGACAUGCCAAAAAACUCACUUUUGUAGUUCUUUUUUUUAUUAUUAUUAUUGCUACAAUAACUUAUUCGAAGCUCAACGAAAUAAGGCACCACAAAGCACUCAACCGAAUAAGCCAUUUUCUUUUUCGUUUUCCUUUUCUCCCCUUUCUUUUUUCUACUCCUGCACUUUUUUUUUGGUGGCCAUUGGGACCAUUUCCUCUACUUUUUUACCAUUGGGUCAUUCUGAUCUGCAAUUAGCGAAUCAGCGGAAAUUGCUUGAUUGGGUCAAGUUGUGCAUGUCGGUAUGAGUACAGUCAUACCUCCUCCUAUGGGACUCGGUCGUCCCAGUCGUCGAAGUAUUCAAUAUCGGUUAGUGAUCAGGCAACAUCCAAUCCGUGCUCGAUGUUGUGGCUUUGGUGAAAAAGAUAGACGACCGCUUGAUCCUCCUCCUAUCCUUCAGUUAUGCGUCGAAACCAAAGACGGGGUAUUGAGAAAUAUCUUUAUCAUUUGCAGCGAUGCCGACAACAUGACGCAUUUCAUCGUUCAGUGCGAUUUGUAUUCCGAAGACGAACAGUCAAAACGGAACCUUGUAUACCACCCAGGGUCUAUUAAUUACUCCAACUCCAGUACGGCCCCGGCCGCCGACGCCACCACGGUCCAACCUUCCCCCAGUUCGUCGUCUCCCACUCACCCAAGCUCCUUCUCCACCAUCAUGUCAUUUCAAGAGCCCACAUGUACCCGCAAUCUGGUCGGCACCGUUGUUUCCAACGCCUAUCAACUAGUGGAUACCAAUAAUGAAAAUGGCGUUUUUUUUGUCUUUCCUGAUUUAUCCGUGCGAACUGAAGGUCAAUUUUGUCUCAAAUUCAUAUUCAUCGAUCUGUCAGCUGGAGAACCCUUGACGAUGAGUACCAUGGUUUUGGAUGAAGUAUUCUGUAGACCCUUUUCCGUCUAUCCCGCCAAAACGUUUCCGGGGAUGACAGAAUCGACGGCACUCUCUCGAUGUUUCGCGCAACAAGGCAUCAAAAUUGCCAUUCGUAAAGGCACACGUAUCAAACGUCCCAAUGAGCAUUCUUUUAAUGUCAAAUCGCCGUCGGAUGGAGACACCACCAGUCAAGUCGAAUCCACUGCCACCAGUGCUACUGUUUCUCCCGAUACACGCGAACGAGAUCCACAACCGCAGCCUCAGGAGACCGUGCAGAAAAAGAUUGAAAAAGAGUCGCCCGCCAAGGAGACAACGUCGUCCACCUCCGAUACGAAUUCGUCGGAUGUAGCGGAUCCACCGUUUUCGUCCGGUUUAACCGCACCUUAUCGGCGGAUACACAUCUCUAGUUUUCUAUCUUCCGACAGUUCUGAAUCCCCCGCUAAAGAUACGAAUGGACAGUGAUGGUGAUGCAAUGGAAAACGCCUCCAGCACGGUUACCCAGCGUUGGAUGCUUGCUUCCCUUACCUUUUGUUUUGGGUGGAGGAGUUGGGGUAGGGGUGGGGAAGGGAGGCUGGCAUAUACUUUUGCAUAAGCUGCUUGUA